AUGUGUGCAUCAAAGCGGAACGUGUCCGAGUCCCUCGAGAACACGAUCAACAAGUUCAAAACAAUCACGACCUUGCUUACAGCUGUCCUCUAUCUUCGAGGACACAAUACUUCGCUAUCCCAGACUUGGACGGCAUACCAGAGACAAGACACUGAAAAGCCCCUGACACAGCAUAGAUUGCUUGAUCACCUUGCUACUGUGCUCGUCAGAGACCGUGAAGUGGUGGCUGUGGCCGCAGGUAGGGAGAGGAACACCGACAUCAGCCGCGCGCACACGCGCGACGCCCUCUCGCUCUCGCUCAUCAUCUCAGUCUCACAUCAAGGCGACACAGAUAUCCCCGUGGAAGGCGCGGAAGGUGCAGGAACCAGGUAUACCACACUAUCUAGAGAUCCUCAGGGCAAAUCAAAUAUAUUAGAGGAGGAAGGAGAUACGGACAUUGACAAUGCAGAUUUGCUUGAAGCUGUGGGCUCGACAACAUUGGACGCAUACAACCUGCGUCGACAGGUUGUGGUACUACAUGCUGUUGACCGCCUCGUAGGUGCAACACCGAACUUUCAGGAUAUCACUCAUACUGUCAUCUCUGUCGAACAUCUUGGGACAGAUAUGUGGCACUGGGAAGAUGUGGUGAAGGAGAUACUAGUCGAAGACGAUGCUGUUCGCGUGGAGACAGUGCUCACGCAACUCCGUUCAUUGAUGCAACAAGACGGGAUGGACGCGGGGGGCUCAAUUCGCCGCAUGUGCGAAGGUUUACUAUCGCCGACUCCCGUGUUCCUAGGGUGUGUUCAUUGUGAGGGUGGUUUGGCUAGCAUCCUGGAUGAGAGGAACCUAGACAAGGGCUUGCUUGAUUUGAACCAAGUUGCACUUCACCAGGAACUGGACGAUGUCCAAGGUGUCAACCUGGAAAAUUACCUUUCUUCACACCUUCCAAUGCCAAUAUUGACAUGGAGAUUUACAGAGCAAGAUGGAUCCGCGCGGACAAGUGGCUGGCGAAACCACAUCACGAAUAUACACGAGAAGGCAGAGAUCUAUUUCAAGGCCAAAUUGCUGGACUCAAUCGAUGCGUUGCUCAAAGACAAGCAACAACAUGUGCGGACCGAUUCUGCUCAAACCGACGAUUAUCGGUCGGACGCUGAUCGCAAGAGCCAAGAAGUCUUGAGGGCGAAGCAAAUGAUCGAUUAUGACAACUUGUCUGCAGACCACAGUCUAUGGAUUCACUGA